ACUGGUCUGGCUGAGGUGGUGGAGGCGGCAGUGGGGGGCUCUCGUGAGUAGGAAUGCUGAGCUCAUGGGCCAAGGCGGUCGGGGGAACCAGAAUCACCGUUGCUUGUUUGCGUGACAGGACCUCGGACACUCUGAUCCAACCUUCAACAGCUGAGCCAAGAGGGACAAGAAGGUUUUCAUGAGGAUCAUAAUCAAGGAGAACUGUUUCAAGAGUCCCAAGCUUCUCCAACCAAGGAAACAAGCCUGAAGUGUGAGGCCGGCCAGAGGAGAACUGUCACCCAGCAGAGGCAAGGAGAGGGAGCUUUCAUUGCAACUUGAGCCACUGGGUCUUGCCCUAAAAAUACAUAUUUGCAGAAGAGCCGGUGCUUUCUCAAACCUGUUUAAUAACCUGAUAAUCAACGUUUAUGCCAUCCCCAUUUGGACAGCAAACUAGGGGUAUUACAGCACACCUCUACACAUUUGGUCAAUGUUACUUAAUAAUGUAAUGAUACUGAUCACAACUUGUGAUUGGUUCUCUAAGAAAUCCAUCUGAUCUCAAACUUUUACUAUCACCGAUAUCACCAAUGUGAGCAGCAUGUUGGCUGUAACAUCUUAGGAGUUUAGUAUUGUCUCUCAAGUCCUUUCUCCUGUGAGAUCACUCCGUUCCCAGACCAUUCUACCAGGAGGGCCAGGCCCCCAUCCAGGACCUCUGUAAGGGUCAUCGAAUCAGACCACCGCCACCAUGAGGAAGGCAGAGGUCCAAACCACCCAGAAGAGGGGCGCCGCCGACGAGGCAGGCCCUCGCUCCGGGGGGGUGGACCCCCCUGUCCCCCCAAAGCGCUCCAACACGACCCAAAGCGCUCCUCAGCCUCGGCAGCCCUCGCCGACGCCGCCCGCCUUUUUGCGCAAGAUGAGGAACGCGGCAGUGGGCACGGGCUGCGACAUCCGCCUGAAGGUGAGCGUGGGCGGGGACCCCCAGCCCUCGCUGUACUGGUACCACAACGACGACCUGCUCAACAUGGACAACCAGGAGUACGGGGGCCUCUGGAUCAGGGACUGUAAGCCUAGCGACGCCGGCCUCUACACCUGCAUCGCCAGCAACCACCUGGGGGACGCCCGCAGCAGCGCGGUCCUCGCUGUCCUGGAUCUGGGAGAAGAUUCAGAGACUACAGAUGAUGAAGGUGGGGACCAGAUUGAGACCAAAGAUGAGGGUGGAGAUUAUGAGGAACGCCCUGUGAAUACACUGAUGGACAAAUCUGCAAAUGAAGAUGACCCUGAGUAUUCUAAGGCAACCAGUCAAUCUCCCCCUCAAGUCCUGCCGCCCCCAUCUCCAAGGGUCAACAGGCGUUCCUCAGCCUCUCCGAGUCGCUCCGGCUCAACAACGCCCAUUAGUUUCAGUGGAAGGAAAAAGGUCCCCGUUCCCACCGACUACCAGGACACGGUGCCUGGGGAGUUUGAAGAGAAGGUCCGACAGCCCAAAUCAGUUGGCAUGUCCCAGGGCAGCACCCACGACUCCCGACCCCAGACCCCUGUGAGCGAGUACUCCUCCCGGAAGGACCUUGCAACCAGGCCCUCCCCGAAGCUCACCAGGGCGAGUUCCAAGGUUUUUGAGAAGGUGCGAGGUUUGGAGGAAAGAAGACGCAGCCUCGACCUUCCCGAAGGCUCCGUCUCGGGAAGAUCUUGGGCCGGAUUCAACCGCGAAGGGUCUGUUGACUCAGACGACGGUGGAAGCCGGCUAGGGAUCUCCAGGGAGAGUUCCAGAGAAGACCUACGGGAGGCUCUGAAGGAGGAUGCGGCAGAGAGGAGGUCGAUGUUCAGACAGAGGGCCGCCUCGCUCGAAGACAAGCCUCGCUAUACGCAGAAGGUUCAGGACAUCGAGAACAAGUUCACAGAGGAGCUCCAGCGUAUCAAGAAGCUUGUGGGCAAACCCCACAUGAAGAAGUCUUUCUCAACCGAGCAACUCACCUCGAGGGGACGGCAACGGCAGCCUUUUAGGAAACUCGAGCCCAUACCUCCACAAGUAAUCCAGAAGCUCCAGGAGAGGGAACAGGCACAGUGGGCCAAGGAACAGAAGGAAAACGAGCCAGGUAAACUAGGUUCUUCCUCAAGGUCACCACAGAACCUCGGUAACCCACCAGAGUCAAUGCAGUUAUCAGACCUACCGGGACAAUGUUCAAUGAGGGAAAUGGCCAGUCCGGUGAGAGAAAUCAUUCAGAGGUCACCAUCGCCUGCUCCUACUCGAGCGCUACGAGCAGAUUCACCGGGCACAAACGUUGAAUUUUCAAUGCGUAAAGUUGAACGAAGACCGCCAAGUCCGCUAGUGCAAAGGGUAUCUCGAGUCCAAGAACCACCACACACACAGCCGGUGUCUCCUGUGCAAAUGUCUACAAAAGACGAGAUUUCAGGGCGGAAGACACCCAUAGAAGUUGCCCUGCGGAGGAUUGAAAACAGACCAGAGAGUCCUCUGGUGCAGAGAAGAACUACGAUGAUGCAGGAGCUCCCUGUACAACAAGCAGCAAAGCCAGCGGGGGUGACACCAUUAAGUCCAUCGGAGGAGAAAAUGGAGGUUGAGGACACGAAGCCUGCAGCCUCCAAGCUGAGCAUCCCAACCAUCGUGGUGGAGGACGAGCCUGUGGAACAGACUCAGCAGGUGCUGCAGGUCAAGAGCACCAAAGGAGGACCAGCGCAGAAGACCAAAGCCAAGAGUCGCAGGAUGCGGCCCAUGUCUCCAGAGCUCGAUUCUUCCGAUGACUCCUAUGUGUCUGCUGGUGAGGACCCGAUGGAGGCCCCGGUGUGUGAAUGUCCCCUUAAGGACACCGUCUCAACCGCCGGAACCGACGCGCUCCUGAAGUGUGUCAUUGCCGGCACCCCUCUUCCCGAAGUGACAUGGAGAAGAGAUAACACCGUCAUCACUGGCAGUGCUAAAUGUGUGCUGAAGGUGGAAGGCGAUCGGCAUAGCCUCCUCAUCAAGUCUGCAAAAGCGAGCGACGCAGGGAAAUACUCUGUCACUGCAGUCAACGAGGUCGGCAAGGUCUCCACAACUUCCACCCUUGUCGUCAAAGCAGGCUUGGUUCAGGAGCCCCGGGGGACCCUGGGGCCGCCCAGGAACGUCAGCAGCCCCAUCACGUCCGACGAGGAGUACCUCAGCCCCCUGGAGGAAGGCCUAGACAUGGGGCCGCCGGGACCCCGGCGGGUCAUCGACACCCUGUUCAAGGAGCCCCCCACAUUCCUGGUAACCAUGAGUGAUCAGGCUGUCAUUGAGGGACAGGAAGUGACAUUGUCCGUGAGAAUAAGUGGACAACCCAAACCAAUGCUUUAUUGGCUGAGAGACAGGGUGACGGUGAAAACAGGCCUGCGGCACGUGGUGCGCGAGGUGGAGGACGGCGCUUUCGAGAUGAACAUCCUGUCUGCAAAGCGGUCUGACACAGGGGUGUACACGUGUAAAAUCAUCAACGAGUACGGCAUCAAGCAGUGCGAAGCAAGGCUAGAGGUCAAAGCCCUGGCGGUAGAGCCCGGUCUGGCAGUGAUCCGCCCCGUCCGGGACAUCACGGCCAAGGCGGGGGACACAGUUCUGUUCGAGUGCCACGUCAUGGGGCCCCAGGACACGGACGUGGACUGGCUGGCCAACAACAAGCUGAUCCAGCCCGCGCUGCUCAACUGCAAGAUGCACUUCGACGGCCGCAAAUGUCGCCUGUUGCUCAACUCGGUGCACGAGGACGACAGCGGCACAUACGUGUGCAAGCUGAGCACGGCCAAAGAGGAGGUGACCUCCAGUGGGAAGCUGAAGGUCAUUCCCUCUGUCCAUCCCCUGUUCACUCGUAAGCUGGACGUGCUGGAGGUCAUUGAGGGUCGCAAUGCUCGCUUCGACUGUAAAGUCAGCGGCACUCCUCCGCCAAACGUCACCUGGAGCCACUUUGACCAGCAGCUGUCCGACAGCGAGGACGUGCACAUCGUGCAGGAGGGCGGGCGCCACUCGCUCAUCAUCUGCCACGUGACCAAUGAGGAUGAGGGGUUCUACACGGUCAUGGCGCGCAAUGGCCAGGGCGAGGCGGAGAACUCUGCGGAGCUCUACGUCCAGGAGCCACGGCCCGCAAUCUCCUCCCAGAUGGCGAAGCUGGAGAAGAUGCCAUCCAUCCCAGAGGAGCCGGAGGUGCCGGAGAGCGAGGUGGAGCGCUUCACCAUGCCCGACUUCAUCAAGCCGCUGUACGACCUGGACGUGGUGGAGGGCAAGGAGGCGGUGCUCAAGUGCAAGGUGGCCGGCCUGCCCUACCCCACCAUCGCCUGGUUCCACAACGGCAAGAAGAUCGACAGCACUGAGGACCGCAAGAUGACCCAGUUCCGGGACGUCCACAGUCUGGUGAUACGCUUUGUGUGCCAUUCCCACGGCGGCGUCUACAAGAGCGUCAUCUCCAACAAGAUCGGCAAGGCAACGUGCUACAGCCACCUCUACGUCACAGACAUGCUCCCUGACCCACCAGAGGGGGCCCCAGUGGUGGAGGCCAUCACUGGGAAGACGGUCACUCUGUCCUGGAGGAAGCCAAGGAGGCUGGACCCCUCCAUUGAGGCGGGCUCCCUGAUGUACGCCAUCCAGCAGCAGGCGCUGGGAUCCAUCCAGUGGACCAUAAUAGCCUCCAGCCUGAAGGAGACUGGCUACAUCAUCACCACCCUCUCCAAGGGCGUCCGCUACACCUUCAGGGUGCUCACCAUCACCUCCAAGGCCUUCAGCAAGCCCUCCGCUGCCACCGAGCCCCUGCAGCUGCUGGACAGAGGUCCCUACCUCCAGGAGUGUCCGGUAAUAACGGACAAGCCAGACGUGGUGUUUGUGAUGGAGAACCAGGCGGUCGCCAUCACAGUCACGCUCAACCAUGUCAACGCCGUCGUCAUCUGGCAGAGGAAAGGCGUGGUUCUGUCCAGUAAGCCUGGUGUGUAUGAGAUGGGGAUGCCUGACGACGACCAGCACACGCUGAAGCUGCUGAAGGUGAAGAGCUCUGACGUGGGCCCCAUGUCCUUUGUGGCGUCCAACAAACACGGCAACGACACCUGCACCUUCCCCGUGGAGAUGGCCGCGGCCCCGACCUUUGAGACCAUCAUGGAGGAUCUGGACGUGUGCGUGGGAGAGACCCCCCAGUUCGGCGUGGUGGUGGAGGGGAAGCCGGUCCCAGACAUCCUCUGGUUCAAGAAUGACGUCCUGCUGGCCGAGAGCAGCCAUUACACAUUUGUGUACGACGACAAUGAGUGUUCCUUGGUGAUCCUGAACACGCGCCGAGAGGACUCUGGGGUGUACACAUGCACAGCCAGGAACCUGGCAGGAUCCGUCACCUGCAAGGCUGAACUGACGGUGCACGCAGCUAAAAGGAAAGAGAAUCCCAUAGAAGACGAAAAGACCAUUUUGCGAAAGAUGCGCAGAAUGACCGAUUACUACGAAAUCCACAAGGAAAUUGGAAGAGGUGCGUUCUCCUAUGUGAAGCGCGUGGUCCUGAAGGUAGGCAAGACGGAGUAUGCCGCCAAGUUUAUCUCGGCCCGCGCCAAGCGGAAGGCGUCCGCGCUGAGGGAGAUGAACCUGCUGGCCAGACUCGACCACGAGAGGAUCCUGUACUUCCACGACGCCUUCGAGAAGAAGAAUGCUGUCAUCAUCGUCACUGAGAUAUGUCACGAGGAGCUGCUCGAGAGAUUUGUCAAGAAAUCUAUUAUCACGGAGUCUGACGUGCGCUCCUGUAUGAGGCAGCUGCUGGAGGGACUGGACUACCUUCACCAGCAGAACAUCAUCCACCUGGACAUCAAGCCCGACAACAUCCUGAUGAGCGAUGGCCACAGCGAUCAGAUCCGGCUCUGUGACUUCGGGAACGCGCUGGAGCUCACGCCCGGCGAGGCCCAGUACUGCAUGUACGGCACCCCCGAGUUCGUAGGGCCAGAGAUUGUCAACCAGUCCCCCGUCUCCAAAGCAACCGAUAUCUGGCCAAUCGGAGUCCUUGCAUAUUUGUGCCUGACGGGGGUUUCUCCGUUCGCCGGGGAGAACGACCGCAGCUCGGUGCUUAACAUCAGGAACUACAACGUGGCCUUCCAGGAGAACAUGUUUGCUGAGGCCAAGGAGGCCAAGGGCUUCAUCAUUAAGCUGCUGGUCGCAGACCACCUGAGGCCUGAUACUCAGGAAUGCCUCCGCCACCCCUGGUUUAAGACACUUAGCAAGGGAAAGGCUUUGAGCACAGACUCCCUGAAGAAGUUUGUAUUUCGAAGAAAAUGGCAGCGAUCGCUAAUCACCUACAAAUCCAAGAUGGUCAUGAGGUCCAUCCCGGAGCUGUUGAACGACUCCACCAGUCACAUCUCCAUCGCGGUUCCCAGGAACCUAAAGGAGGGCUCCCCUCUGCCAUCGUCCUCCUCCGACUCCGACGAGGAUAUUGACGAGCCGCCCUUCAUCCCGAUGCCGCUCCACAUGGAGUUCUCCGGCUCCAGGGUUUCCCUCAACGAGAUCCAGGGAGCUGAGCAGGACAAUGGGAAGCACAACGGUUCCACCGACAGGUCUUCUGCCACCGCCAAUGAGCAGCCCAUGGAGUUGGAAUCCGGCGUUGCGGAGAAAGACUGUGUCGAAGUCUUUGCCGGCAGCAAGGGUCGCCUACGCAAGCGGUCCAAGCAGGAGAACGACAAGAGCUCCUCGGACGACGAGCCGCCGGCCGUGCUGCCGCAGCGGUCCGAGCAGUCCCGGAGACCCCUGCGCCGGGGCUCCAGUGUGGAGUCGGACAAACCGGACAGCGGCCGCAGACGGGGGGAGCUCCGGCGGGGUGGCUCGGCUGACAGCGCCCUGCUGCUACGCAUCACACCCGAGGAAGGACAAGCCGGGGAGACCCCACCGGAGGAGGGAAGGAGAAUCCUCAAGAAGGCUGUGUCCAUGGAGCUGCCGAGGAGGAGCGCAAGCCCGGGCGGCGCCCACAUGAGCCAGGAGGACUAUGCCAUGAAACUUGAGCAGAUGAGGCAGCGGCUGCUUCGAGGGGGCACCGGGGACAAGAAGCUGAGCGGGCUGCGAGGGCCUCUGUUUGAGACGUUGGAAACGUCAGAGGGCUUCGCUCGCGGCCCGCGCUUGGGGCCACCUCCCUUGAUCCGGGCGGUAUCCAGUGAGUGCUCCCCGAGGGAGGAGGCUCCGAAGCCAAAACUGCUCCGCAAAAGCGCUUCAUUUAGUCAGGGUGACACUGAGCCGAUCCCCCUGCACCGCCGCUCCGGAGCGCCUCUGGAGAUCCCCUUGGCCCAGGUAGAGCAGAGGAAACUCAAGGAGGCCAUGUCCAUGUCCUCGCUCACUGAGCAGCCGAAGCUGGACUCCCGUCCGGUGACACCCAGAAACCCUUCACCCAGGCCACAGACCCCAGAGUUGGUUGUGCAGGAGAGUCCUACGAAAACAGAGAGUGUGGAGUCCUUGAUGGAGAGAGAUGCGAAACUGGACGAGGCUAUGAGUGAGAAGACGGACGGUUUGGCGACAGAUAGUAAUUUUGACGAGAGAUCAAGCACGAGUGGUUUCUCCGAGAAGGACAUGAGCAUAUCAGAAGACCAGAUGAUGGAAACAGAGUACACAGGGCAGAGGGAGCCGACACCACCUCCUCCUCCUUCCAUGGCCCAAAGCUCUGUGGUAGAAGAGGAAAUGGUAGAAGAAGAAAAAGAAGAGAUAAUAGGGGAAGUGGAGAAGAAGACUGUUAAUGUUCCAGAGGAGAAGGACAAAGGAAAUGAAGAAAUGGAAGAAGAAGAAAACGAAGUGAAUAUGCCUGAUAAAUCCUCUGAUACGCUCAUCCCCACAAAUGCAAUUAUUGUGACACCUACACAUGACCAUUCAAAGUUUCCCGGAAGUGUUGUCGCCCAACUUCCAGCACCUACACCUCCUGCUGUGGUUGUUCUUCCAGACGGAAGGAGGUCGGCAUAUGCUAGCAUCAUGCAGACCAUCAUGGUACCCGCAAUUACACCUGAAAAUGCAUCCUAUUCGUCCAACCCCUCUACUCCAAUCGCCGCUCAAGGAUCGUCAACAUUCCCAACGUCAACCCAAAUUAUUCAGCCACCUGCUGCUACUGCCACGUCUCCUCUGUCACCUGUACCUACACCUACUCCAUCACAAGCACCUCCCCCUACUGAAACACCCUCUGCCUUCCCUGGUCGCUCAAAGCCAAUCAUUGUUUCAUCCAAUGAACACGCCGCUGUCUAUUCGCGAGUUGCAUCGCCCGAACUGAUCGCCAAAGAACCCAGCCCACCCCGCGCUGUCUCUGAGUCUCUGACACGGGAACUAAACGCCGGACACGACUUCCAGGACAUAACAUCUGAAGAAGUCUUCGAGGCACGCUUCAAAAAGCGUGAGUCGUCACUGACGAGAAGCUUUAAAUUCCUGACUAGAUCAAAGAACGAAGACAAACCGCCAGUGGUGGCCCCAGACGCCACGGAGACGGGGGAAGACAUCUACCGCCCGGGUCCGGUCGGCGGUCCUCUGGAAUUCGCACCGAGGAGACUUGAGGAGAAGUCCAAGUCUGUCCUGGAUCUCCGUGAAGCUCAGAAGGACCAGGGCUUCAUGAAGAGGCUCUCCAUGCGUCUGAAGAGGACGCCGUCAGCCGAACGCAAAGAAGAACUGGCCAAGGAAGAAGAACAAGCUGCUUCGAAGCGCAGAAUGUCGUGGACGUUGGGGCGAAAGGGUUCUCAGGAGAAGAAGGAGGUGGAGAUGUCGAGGAUGGACGGUGGAGCUGAAGACGUGCAGCCUGAGUCAGAGGACAAGGAAGUGAAGAAACCCCAAGAAUCUCCGGUCCUGGCGAUGCGCAGGAAGAUCGAGUCGACAGUGGCGGGCAUCUCCACCAGGAUCCGCAGCUUCUCUGAGGAGCGGAAGGUGUCGGACGAGAAGGAGCAAAAGCGCACGCCCAUCUUUUCGAUGCUUCGCCGUGCAGCCUCUGAGAAUCGCGGCGUCAAGACUGUGGCAGUGCCUUCGAACCAGCUGGCGGCUCAGACCAGUAACGGAGCCUCUUCGGAGUCCCUGGACUCCAUGUCCAGCCUCAAGUCGGACACGUCCAAGGUUGGAGAGGUUGAGCGCAGGUCGCGCUGGGAUCGCUGGGGCCUGACCAGAGGAAAACGGGACAAGACCGUUUCACAGCCGGACAUUCCUACCGCUAUCACCAGAGACAGCAGUGGUCUACGGACACGCCAGUACUCUAAGCUGGCAGCCGACUUUGCUCCAGUGUUCCACAUCAAGCUGAGAGACCAUGUGCUGCUGGAGGGAGACCCAGUCACUCUCAGCUGCCUGCCUGCGGGAAGCCCACACCCCCACAUCGCCUGGGUCAAAGAUAAGAGGGUCCUGGAGAUCGACGCCCGGAUGAACCUGAUCUCCUGCCCCGACGGCCGGCAGCUCCUGAUGAUCAUGCAGACCACCAAGAAGGACGCGGGGCUGUACGAAUGUGUGGCCACCAACCCUCUGGGCGCCGUGUUCAGCUCCUGCACCAUCUCCCUGGCCCGCCUUCCCAAUCGCCCAGGGACCCCUGAGAUCCCCCAGAAAUACAAGGACACAGCUCUGGUGGUGUGGAGGCCCUCAGACAACCUGGCUCCAUGUACCUACUCUCUGGAGAGGAAGGCAGAGAGAGAAAGCUUGUGGCUCAUCGUGGCUACAGGGGUGGCCGACUGCUACUACAACGUGGUUGACCUGCCAGCAGGGUUAUCCUUCCGCUUCCGGGUGGCGUGUGUGAACAAGGCAGGCCAGGGCCCGUACAGCAACCUUUCUGACCAAGUUUGUCUGGAUCCAACAGAACCGCCCAAAACCAGCAGCACGCCCGUGGUGGUCAAAACGGCACCGGCCGCCACCCCUCCCGUGGUGAUGACUUCAUCCAUGACCGUGACGCCCAUCAAACCGGCUCAGAGCAAACCCAUGCCCCCCACCGCCCGGCCCGCCCCCAUCACCAGGACAACCCCGUCGCCCACCGUGGUCGUGUCGGCGGCUAAAGCGGUGUCCCCCGCGCCCAGCGCACCCACCCGCCCAGCGCCUGUCCCCAGUCCGACCCCUACCCCUGUCACUGCGGCCCCCAUGGCCCAGCCCAGCCCCCCAGUCAAAGCCAAGACCACCCUCAACAUCAACAUGGGUGGCCCCAAGGCCAAGCUGGCUCCGCCCCCCAUCGUUCUGCCCAAACCGAGGAGCCCCGCCCCAAUGUCGCCGCCCCCUUGUGUCACCUCAUCCAAACCCGCCCCCGCCCCCGCCCCCGCCAUCGGGAAGCCCAUCUCCUCUGUGCCCAUGUAUCGCGCCACUCCCCCCACCUCUCUGGCCGUAACCUCGGUUACGACCAUCUCCCCUACCCCCACCCCCACCCCCAUCACCACCAUCACCAUCACCUCCACCGCCGCACCUGCUCUACCCCCGGUCGUCUCCCCACCCGUGGUGCUGGUGUCAAGGUUGUCGCCCAUGGCUGGCCCCCAGGGGGGUGUGGACCCCCACGGGCCCCCGUCCGGCAGAGUCACCCCCUCUGGACGAGCCACCCCGUCGGGACGCAGGACGCCCCUGGGACGGCCCGGAGAGGGGGCUCUUCGCCAGGGAGUGCCCCAGAAGCCCUACACGUUCAUGGAUGAGAAGGCCAGGGGCCGCUUUGGGGUGAUCCGCGAGUGCCGGGAGAACGCCACUGGCAACUUGUUCAUGGCCAAGAUCGUGCCGUACGAGGCGGACACCAAGCAAUCGGUGCUGCAGGAGUACGACAUCCUCAAGUCCCUGCACCACGAGAAGGUGAUGGCCCUGCACGAGGCCUAUGUCACGCCGCGCUACCUGGUGCUCAUCGCAGAGUGCUGCAGUGGCAAGGAGCUGCUCUACAGCCUCAUCGACCGGUUCCGCUACUCUGAAGACGACGUGGUGGCCUACAUCAUCCAGAUCUUGCAGGGGCUAGACUACUUGCACACGCGCCGCAUCCUGCACCUGGACAUCAAGCCGGAGAACAUCAUAGUCACCUACAUGAACGUUAUCAAGAUCAUCGACUUCGGCAGCGCCCAGAGCUUCAACCCCCUGUUCCUCAAGCAGUUCAGCCCCCCCAUCGGCACACUGGAGUACAUGUCUCCAGAGAUGGUGAAGGGGGAUGUGGUAGGUCCUCCGGCAGACAUCUGGAGUGUGGGCGUGCUGACUUUCAUCAUGUUGAGUGGAAGGUCACCUUUCAUGGAGAAUGACCCCCAGGAGACGGAGGUCAGGAUCCAGGCCGCCAAGUUCGACCUCUCCAAACUCUACCAGAAUGUAUCCCAAAGUGCCUCUCUAUUCCUCAAGAAGAUCAUCUGUAGCUACCCCUGGGCCCGGCCGGCUAUCAAGGACUGCUUCAGCAACUCGUGGCUGCAGGACGCCUACCUGAUGCGGCUUCGCAGACAGACACUCACCUUCACCACCACACGCCUCAAGGAGUUCCUGGCGGAGCAGCAGAGGAGGCGCGAGGAAGGGGCCACCAAGCACAAGGUCCUUCUGCGGUCCUACUCCUCCACCGGCCCUCCCAGCCCUAACGUGCAACCACCCAGCGCUACUACAAUGAUGACCGCGGUCCCCCCCACUCCCGUCAGCCCCUAAGCUAACUAGCGGGGCUCAGGGUGUUGUCAUUCAGAGCAAAGGAAAUACCUAGCUCGUUGGAGAGCAAAGUGUUACAGGUACUGUCGUUGGUGGGCCCAAGAACUGGCUUUGUGGGUGAAGGACACGCCGAUACAAACAAGAAACAAGAACUUUGUUCUCUUAGAAAAAUGGAAUUGUUGUCAUGUUUUCUGGAAGGCCAAAGUCACUUUGGGAAAGAAAACAAUGAACCAGGUUUGAGGAUAAGUAGUAGGCUAUGAUGAUACCAGUUAGAAUGUCAAAGAAAAAAAACAUUUCAUGAACGAGUACUUUAUUUUAAUUCAAGUUCUUAUGCUAGUACCUCAACGAUUGUACCUAUGCCCUUUUAUAUACAUUUUCGACAGGAACCGUUGCAACCCUUUUUAGUAUGCACUUUUCAAAUCAACAAUUUGGAAUAUCAUUUUGAGCCUGUGGAGCUAUGCCAAACAUUUUAAGUUACACCUAGGGCACUAGAGUUUAAGUUUGGCCUGGGGUUAAGAUGUUGUGAAGAUUAUAUACAUUAGUUCCUCCCAGAAAAGUAGCAUAUCAUCCAUUGGGUACAACUUGCAUUGAUUUAAGUUUGUUAAAUCAAACUUUGGUUAGAAAUGUAUUAUGUAAGUGUACUUUAACACAAGUGCUAUCCAAGAAGACAAUAGAAAAAAACGACGUCAGUAUUAAAAUAUUUAUUGUAUAAAUAUUUUUAGUGUGAACAAAAUCUAGGUCCAUUUACAAGGCUUAUAUGAAGAGUUGAUUUGAACAGUUUGCACACAAGGGAAACGUUAGGGGAUGUUAGGGACGUAACAGGGAUUGCAUCGGACAUGAACAGCACUGUCAAUCAUGUUGCCGUAAUCUUUGUUCUCAUGAAGCAUAUGCCGGUUUGUAGGAUUUUCCAAAUAAGUACCUCACAAGGUUACACAGCGUGGGGAUGAUAUUAACAAGGGCUCACCGUUAAAAACAAAGCUUUUGAUCAAUGCAAAAAUGUUAGAAGGAAAACUUUUAUUAGACAAUUAUUUUUUUUAUUCCUUUUUUCUCAGAUCAAUGGAAUGAAAGAAUUUCCCUUGGCUGUAAAAUAUAGGGUAAAACAACAGGACACAAUCUUUGUAAGCAUUCUGUACAGUUAUCAAUUGAUUGUUGAAGACAAUUUUGGACUGUUUCUAGUAAACUACCCGACAACAGAACAAUUAAGAUAUCAAUUCAACUAGCGCAACAAAUUAUCUGUCAAUUGAUUAAGGAUUUUAAAAUGUGACAGAGAUGUCUUAUGAGUGCCCUUAAUGCACUCCCAAGUGCCCUUAAUGUGUAAGCAUCAGUCAUAAUGAAACCAUUUUCCAAUGUUAGGGCUCAGAGAUUUCGAUUGUAGGUUGUAUUUUUGUCACAAUACUAACCUUUUUUAAAGAACAAUUCUGACUACUUUGUAGUUAAAUUUAAAUAAUCAAAAUAACACCAAUUAGAAAGAUAGUGUAGAUACAUCAUGGCUGUUUUUAAAAUACCUUUGUCAUGCAAGAGGAAAUAAAAAAAAGUAUAUUAUCGGCAUGUGAAACCUUUCUGGUGUUACAUGUUUACAUUUUAAUGGCACAACUUCACACAUUUAAUGAGAGAUAUAAAUUAGCAAAAAGAAAAAAAAAUUGCCAGUUUUACUACAAAAUCGUUUUAAUCUUCAAUUUGGCAGAUUUUAUAUUUAAAAUAAUUUAUAAUGAUUUCAGUGCUAAGGUGCAAUUGUCACUGCCAUUGUCUUCUUUUAAAAAAUUAUAUUGAUUUAAAUUUAAAGUAGAACAGUGCCGGUCCUCUACACCCCAGACGAGAGAGUGAAAAUACAUUGGGGUGUAAUAUCAGUGAGACUGCCCUACCCUCAUAUGAAUUUUGUUACUUGGUUAUGUGACAGGAAUUUUGAUACAACCUGAUAACAGGGCUUCCAGAUGCCAAAAAAAUGAUAUGAUUGCGAGAAGCAGUACAUUUUGUAAAUCCUAUAAUAUAUUUAAUUGAAUGUAUUGCAGGGCUUCAAGUGAUUGAUAUCAGACCCCCUUCCCAAAAAAGUAAAAUGAUAUAGUUUCGUAAGUGAAGGAGGAUUAUCGGUUUUCCUGUUCAGAUCAUAGAUCAGAUCUUCGUGUUUGCAUUUGUUCGUUUAUUUAUUGAGUGAUUGUAUUUGGCCUCAAUUGAACUCCCUUUGUUUUGGUGAAGCUGAAGAGCUCUGGCAUGUAGUAAGCAUGACAGCUGUCACACUUUGCCCAAUAAAUAGCACAUGGAGUACACACAUACUGUAUGUCUGAUCCUUGGUAUGUGUCUUUGUUUUAGAGAAAAAUGCUGUGUGGUUAUAA